AUGAUCGUCCCCUUCAAUUUCGUCGUCGUCGUUGCGGCCUGCGUUGCGCUCGCCCAGGCCACGUUCUUCCUCAACUCUUGCGGCGGAUGUCAAGGUAGGAGAGUAGCGUGUAUCAGUCUGUCGGGGAAAUAAUGAGCAACAUUUUACCGCCAUCCGAAGGUUCGAUCUCGAACAUUCCUACUGGUAAAAGGUGAUGUUAUAUCAGUCCGUCGGGAAAAUAAUGGGCACUCUGUCGCGGCGAAAAUCGCAUCGCUGAAGUGAAAAGAAUAGUGCGGCAAAAUCGACUUGCUUUUCACUUCAGCGAUGUGAUUUUCAGCGACAGAGUGCUCAUUAUUUUCCCGACAGACUGAUAUAGCAUCAUUUACCUGUAUGAUUUUUCGAGAUCGAACCUUCGGAUGGCCGUAAAAUGUUGUCCACAUGCUCUGUCUAGGCCACACUUUGAAUACCAAAAACUUAUUGCACCGUGCGAAAUCGGUUUUUUUGGGACCGCGACAAAUGUCCAUGCACCUUGUGAAAGUGCUAUCACUCUGUCGGGAGCACUCUGUCGCAGCGAAGAUCGCAUCGCCACCGAGAAAAUUAAUUUUGUCGCGGCAAAAUCGAAUUGCUUUUCAAUUCAGCGACACGAUCGCCGCGAUAUUGUGCUCAUUAUUUUCUGACAGACUGAUAUAUCACAUAACUCCCAGAAAAUCGCAAAUUGUCAGUCAAUUCCAACCCCAAUUUCUCAGCGAUUAUUGUAACGAGCGAGUAAAAAAUCGCCUAAUUUUCCAGUGGAACCAAAAACCUGGGGCACCCAAAAUGAAAAAAAUAGCCAUAACGUCCGAGUACUGAAGCCAAAUGGGAUGAAACUUUGCAUAGCUUAUUCUUAAAGGCUGAUUAACACUUGUGUAAAAUUUCAUGACAUUUGGAAAAAAUACCCCCGAGAUGUAAGCGAAAAAUGAGGUGGAACCAAAAACUUGGGACGCACUGUAUAUGUUCCUAGUUUUAUCAAGAUCCGUGAGGUCGUAAAUUAACAAAUCCUGUUUCUAUUUAUUUAUCUUCUACCUACUUCAUGGUCGUCUUCUAAAAGCAUGUUCCAGGUCCUCCACCGCAACGUCAAUGUCCUCAACCCGCUCCCUGUGGCCGCCCUCCCUCUCUACCUCAGCAGGCAUGCCCUCCAUGCGAUUGCAGUGCGAUUGCCGCCAGUUUCGGGCCGAUCAACCAGAUCCCGACCCUAGUCAGCAAUAACUAUCGUGGAACAAACCCUGGCUAUGUGAGAGGGAUUCCCGCUCCGCUACCACCUCCGCCUCUCACCAACACCUACUUGGUGGCGCAGCCCAGCAACAGUGUGAUUGAGAGCUACACUCUGCCGCCAAGGCAUUUGACAACCACCAGUCAUCACCAUGGACAUCAUCACAAUCGAGCGACUAGCACUUGUAAGUUGAAAUUAAGCUUAUGGCGGUAGUACAGGGUCUUACAAAAAACGUGAAGGAAAGUCGGAGGCUAUAAGUUCCGGCGGAGACGGCGCAGCGACUUCGCUUUUGGAAUACGUAUUUUGAAGCGGCAUUAAUUUUUGUCCAUGAAAUCCCAAAGUUUUAAAGUGAAAACUGAGGUCGCUACAACCUUCUGAAGAAGAGGCAUUCCUACCCCGUAAACCACCGUUUUUCAGUUGAAAAUGAUCGAGAAAUUUAGGACCUUUUCGGUUGAAAAUCACCGAGAAAUGUUGGAUUUUAUAUCAGCCUGUCGGGAAAAUAAUGAGCUCUCUAUCGCUGCGAAAAUCGUGUCGCUGAAGAGAAAAUUGAAUUGAUCUUGGCGCGACACAAUUAAUUUUCACUUCAGCGAUGCGAUUUUCGAUGCGACAGAGAGCUCAUUAUUUUCCCGACAGACUGACAUGCCAUAGUCAACACUUUGAAAAGUGAUUUUGAUAUAUUUGACAUUUCCAGCCAAGUCGGUGGACGAUGUUUAUGAUGAAGUCAUCCCGAGCGACAACAGCUUGUCUGACAUCUCAUUCGACUCGAAACGACUCGCGCCUCAUGACGUUUUCGUACGGCGAAACCGAUUCCUCCGGCAACUACGUGUAGGUUUUAGCUAUAUUUACAGUUUACUUCCAACAUUUGGGCAGAAAUUAUAUUAUACUAGACAUUAACCUAGAUUUCUCUCAAAAAAUCGCCAAUAAAAUUUUUUUUUCAGAACCGUGCCCUCCGGCAAUUCUCAGCCAACUCCAAGGCCGACUCUAUACCUCAAUUGGACGAACGGAGUUUCGUCCCGUCCGUCUGUAACAACGAGAAACUCGCAAAGGUCAUGGUCAAGGUAACUCUGUGGAUUUUUGAGUGGAACUUCGUCAAUUAGGGAAAAGACGAUUGGUGAAACUGAAAAGUGUUAUUUUUCUUUGAUGUAAAUGUCGAAACCAGGAUAAUGAAUGAUGGUGACUUCGUAAAUGACGUUCAUUUUUUUUUGAUGUUACUAUUUUUCUUACGUAGUGCUGUAAAGUAGUAAUUUUUUGAGUUUUCCUCGCAAAUACUCGAUUUAGGAGUUUUCGAUAGUGCUGAUUCCGAAAAUUUAUUCAUUUUUUCUGAUUGAAAUCAAGGCUUCAUGGAAAUUGGACAGUGAGAUUGGACGGAGCGUGGAUAUCGGACAGAUUUUUUCACUGCAAAAAAAUAGUGGCAUUUCGUAUGAUUGCAGUCAAAAAAUCUGUCCAAUUUCCAAGCUCUGUCCAAUUUCCACGUUCUGUCCACUUUCACUCUGUGCAAUUUCCAUGGAACCCUAAUUUCAAAUUAACAAAAAUGAAUGAAAUUUUCGGAAUCAGCACUAUCGAAAACCCCUAAAUUGAGUAUUUGCGAAGAAAAUUCAAAAAAUCACUAAUUUACAGUACUACUUCAGAAAAAUAGUAACGAUCAAAAAAAAUGAAUGUCAUUUCCGAAGUCAGCAUCAUUGAUUAUCCUAACUUCGACACUUGCAUCGAAGAAAAAUAAUACUUUUCAGUUUCCCCAAUUUUCUUUUUCCCCAAUCGUCGCUCCACGUCAAUACAGCGCAUUUCCUGAACCGUUUCGAAACUUCGUAUCGUUUUCAUUGAAUUAAAAGAGAGACGAAAUGUCGCGAAAUUAUCGACACUUUUUCUCGCCCGAAUUGCUUUUUCUCGAAAAGGAAGAAGAAAGAUAAGAAAAUGCUUUUUAUCGGAGAGUGACAUUUCGUUUUGAACGAAUCACCAAAAAGGGGCGGGAAAUUCUUUGUUCUAUUUGCGCGCUCUCCGAUUUUGAGUGCGUUUUUCACCCCGCAAAAUUAUAUUAAUUUUAGGCAAUGGUGAACGACAUCACUGCCUCCAAACGUCUGGUCCGCAAGGCCACGGAAAUGGCGUUCAACGGCCAGAAAUUCGAUGUUUUGUGCGCCAACGGCGACUUCAGCUAUUCGGUUUACGCCAAACAGUACUGCGAAGCGACCCGAGGGAACAUCACUUGCUUCGCGUUUAUUUAA